AUGCUCGUCCGUGGACCUCUAAAAGCAGGAUUCCUGCUCGCCUUUGGGCUCCUGGCUGCAGCUUCUCCUCACAAGCACUCAAGGAGCCCACGUGCAUGCCCUGGUGGUAACCCGUCCGGAUCAUCCCCGGGCUCAAGCUCAGGGCACGGCUCCGGGUCAGGAUCGGGUCAAGCUGGCGGUUCUGGCUCGGGCAGUGGUUCAGAAACGGGCAAUCCGGACAAUGGCCUCAUCUACCGCGAUCUUGUUGUUAUUGGCGGUGGAGCAACUGGAGUCUACUCAGCAUGGCGCGCGAUUGAGGGCGGCAACCUCUCGGUCUCUGUCAUCGAGGCAUCGGACCGUCUUGGUGGUCAUGUCGACACAUUCUAUGAUCCAGCAACGAACCGGCCGGUUGACUACGGAGUGCAAGCAUACAUCAACAACGAGCAGACGCAGGAAUUCUUCAGCAGAUUCGAUGUCGCCUUGAAUGCGUCCGCCACUUCGCCCUUCAAGACCUACGUGGCCGACUUCAAAGCUGGCGUAGUGAUCCCAAACGCCACCUAUCCGGAUCCAACUUCCCUGAUCGGCCCACUCACCAACUAUCUGACCGUCAUGUCGACAAAUUUCCCCUUCCUCAGCGAGGGCACUUUUGAUCUCCCAGAUCCCGUGCCGGCGGAUUUGCUGAUGCCCUUCGGCCAGUUCGUUGCCAAAUACAACAUCAGCGACGUGGUUUCGGUCGUUUUCACCUUUGCCCACACUGUUGGGAACCUCCUCGAGGCCCCUACCCUCUACGUCGUCCAGAACUUCGGAGCAGCUCACAUCCUCGGCUUGGCGAGUGGAUACAUGUAUGCACCAGCGGGCAACCAGGCAGUCUAUGAUGCUGCCGCCGAGUGGCUGAGCGACAGAGUGGUCUACAACACCAAGGUGGCAUCGACAACACGCAACCAAGACGGAACCACCAACAUUGAAUUGAGCAAUGGCGCGAAAAUUGCGGCGAAAAAGGUGCUCGUGACGAUUCCGCCCACCCUGGAUAACCUCGCCGGUUUUGACCUCGAUGACGAAGAGACCCAUCUCUUCGAACAAUGGUCGCACGUGCCAUACUUCGUGGGCGUCACAACGCAAACCGGGCUUCCUGACCUGACGAACUUCAUCAACGUCGACACGUCCUCAGUCGGCAAUCUUCCGUCUACUCCCUACGUAUGGCGUCUGGAGACGGUCGGCGUGCCAGGUUAUCAGACCGUCAAGGUCAUAGGGGAAGCCGACUCGGUCAAAGCACGGGGCCUGGUGCAUGAUGCUGUCACAAAGAUCGGCAAGUCACUGGCAUCUUUGCAGCUUGGUGGCUCUACCGGCCCAGGGGACGACAUAUUCGCGGCUUGGCAGCCGCAUGCGCUGCUGGGCCUUAAUGUCCCGACCGAAUCGAUUCAGUCAGGCUUCUACAAGAGCCUGUAUGGAUUGCAGGGCCGUCACAAUACCUACUGGACGGGGAAUGCAUGGGCGUCUGAUUACUCGCCAUUGCUGUGGGCUUUCACAGACAAGAGAGUGCUGCCCUACAUCUUGGGGACAAAUACCACCGUGAGCACUAGACGACGCCUCUGA